GUAAAGUAGGGUUUUAGGGUUUAUGGGGGAUUGAUGGAAAUGGCUAUGGUGCCCGGGAGGAGCCUGUGCGUCGCGGCCUCCACAUUCGCCAGCGAGCAUUGGAAUGGAGGGAGGGCGCGGCUGAGGCUCGUGAAUCGCGGUGUGCGAGCGGCAGCAAGCGUCGCCAUUCUGCCCACUGCCGAGGAAUUGCCUUCCUCGCCCUCGUCGAUCCUGGAAGGAAGGAAGCUCUAUCUGGAAACGUAUGGCUGCCAGAUGAAUUUCAACGAUGUAGAGGUGGUUCUCGCGAUCAUGAAGAAGGCCGGCUAUGGCGACAUCGUCCAGCUCCCCGAGGAGUCGGACGUGAUCCUCAUCAACACCUGCGCCAUCCGGGACAACGCCGAGAACAAGAUCUGGCAGCGUCUAAACUACUUCAAGCACAUCAAAUCUAACUGGAGGAAGAAUGGCACCAAAUCUUCCAGGCCUCCUCCCAAGGUCGCGGUUCUCGGUUGCAUGGCCGAGAGGCUCAAAGAGAAGCUCAUCGAGGCGGACAAGAUGGUGGACGUGGUUUGUGGCCCCGACGCAUACAGGGAUCUUCCGAGGCUGCUUUCUUCGGUGGAGCAGGGCCAGCAGGCGAUCAACACUUUGCUCUCGCUGGAAGAAACUUAUGCCGACGUCUCGCCGGUGAGGAUCGCCAAGGACUCGGUGACCGCCUUUGUGUCGAUCAUGCGAGGCUGCAACAAUAUGUGCGCGUUCUGCAUUGUUCCUUUCACUCGGGGACGCGAGCGCUCGCGUCCGCUGGAAUCCAUCGUGAGAGAAGUCGGGGAGCUGUGGGAGCAGGGCGUGAAGGAAGUCACUCUCCUGGGACAGAACGUAAACAGCUACUGCGAUCUGUCCAACACUCCGGGAAUCACAGAAGGAGAUCUUGCCGAAGAUCAACGCCGCGAGCAGGAAAAGAAGAAGAGUGAGGCCGUGGUCGUGGGACAAGGCAAGCACGCGAUCAAGUACUUCCAGUCGGACGUUCUCAGCUCGGGUUUCUCGGCGAUCUAUCGCACCAACGAGUCGGGUCUGCGUUUCGCGAGCUUGCUCAAGUGCCUGGCGGAGACGUAUCCCGAGAUGCGCUUCCGGUUCACGUCGCCUCAUCCCAAGGACUUCCCGGACGACUUGCUGCUCGUGAUGAGAGAGCAUCACAACGUCUGCAACAGCAUCCACUUGCCGGUCCAGAGCGGGAGCUCGCGGGUUUUGGAGAGGAUGAGACGAGGCUACACUCGCGAGGCGUAUCUCGAGCUCGUGGAGAGGAUACGAGAGAUCAUCCCGGGUGUAGCUCUCAGCAGUGACUUCAUCGCAGGAUUUUGCGGUGAGACCGAAGAAGAUCACCUCCAAACUCUCAGCAUCGUCGAGACCGUCGGCUACGAGAUGGCCUACAUGUUCGCGUACAGCAUGCGCGAGAAAACUCCAGCGCACAGGCACGACGUAGACGACGUUCCAGAGGAAGUGAAGCAGCGCCGCCUCUCGGAGCUCAUCGCCACUUUCAAGAGAUCAUCCGCCGCCAGGUACCAUUCCCAGCUCGGGAAGACGCAGCUCGUUCUCAUCGAGGCUCCAAACAAGAGAAAUCCCAACGAGUGGGGAGGACGCUGCGACAGCGGCCAGAAAGUCUUCUUCUCCAGAGCUCCAGUCCCGGACCACCAAAGCGGCGACUUGGUGGACACCAAGCCCGGCGAUUACGUCGCAGUGAAGAUCCUCGACACGACGUUUGCGUCGCUCCGCGGCGAGCCGCUGCGCAGGACGAGCUUGCAAGCGUUCUACAGCGAGCCGAGGUAGAUCUCGCGAACUUCCGCUAGAUCACGAGAGAAAAAGAAGAACUUCGCGCGCGUUUGGAAGCGAGAAAGCUCUCGCUGUGAAUGAAUCUAUUGGAAUUACAAAGCCUUCCUGUGGUUUUAACAUA